AGAACUAAAGCUCGUUAGGUUGACUACGUGAUGUCUUCAAGCUUUAUCAUAAAUGAAAAUGUGAACUGGAUAAACGAUUUAAUUGCAUUAGAAAUAUAUUUUUAAUCCUGAAACUGGAAUGUCAUUGUCGUCUGAUAUAUUUUUAAAUAGAUUCAAUCGUUGUACUCAGUUUAGUAAAAAAUUUCUUAUUUCCAGCUUUCUUUAUCUUCGGACGUUUUUGUUUCACAGCGGAAAAUGAUCCCAUUUCAGAAUUUUCGGCCAUAUUUUAAUUAGUGCUAGAAAUGGAUAUGCAUAUACCGUUAUUAUUUCUAUAUGCUCCUAAUUUUUUCAUCUUUUUCCUUUCUAAUCGUGGAAAUGGUAGUCAUUUUUUGUCUCUGUCUCAUUACCUUUUUUUCGUUCAUCCAUUUCUAGGUCAACGUCGUUCAUUGUUUAAUUUUCUAUUCAUGAGCAAUCUUUUCCUAUGCAGGUGCGUUUACAGCUUCCGUAAACAUGUGCCUUCUGCUAAUUUCAUUUACAAUCAGUUUGAAUUGAAAACAACCAGAGAUUUAUAUAUGGAAAAAACGAUUUUCCCGUACAAAAGUGCAUUGAGAUUGAAAUGUGUUUUGUUUCCUUUUUAAGCGAGGCAGAAGGCACUCGUUGGCUAUAAUUGGUCUGUAUUUUUGCUCUCUUGACUAUUUGCACAUUGAAAAUGGAGAAACCCGUAAUACCAUAACAUAAGUGGAGCAAGCUAGGCAACAUCUAAAAACUCAUUAAAAAGUCAAUAGAACAUGUUUGUAUAAUGUGACAUCGAUCUACUCGAGCGACAAAAGCCGAGGCAGAAUUUUUAUUAAUGUUUCGCUAAUUUAAAUACUUUAGGCUUGAAUUUUUCACUGUCAGAUUUGAGGUGAAUGCCCAAAUAAGACCCAAGAAAGCGUCCAUAUCAUGAACGUGUAGAGUUUUCGAAAGUUCAAAGAUUUGUCUGCCAUUCAAACUUAGUCUGCCAAAGGUUACAUUUUCAGCUUAGAGAAAACAGGCAACCAACCACUUGCUAAGACAAUAGGAUUGUUCAGAUACUGGUGGAGCAUCAGUGUGCUGGUGGCAAUUGAUCGAUUCUAUAAUUAGUUCAAAAAGGCGUAUUUUAAACGAGAAGUAAAAAUGUCGCAAUCCUUGGGUUAUUACAAAAAUUGAGAAAAUUCACCCUUCAUCCUUAGGUAUCCUGUGUAUAAAAUUGGUCUAGAAGGAUUAAUUUCAAAGGAGGAUCAUAUUCAAUAUUUUAUGUAUAUGAUAUUUCAAAAAGGAGGUUUAGCUUCAUUUUCAAUUGCAGAUAUCCAAAUUUAACAAACUUGUUCGCUGCACACAUCCCGGUACCUUAACGGUACUCUGUCUGCCUACUUACCAAUAAAUGAUGCCUGACAACAGUUCAGAAAUUUCCAAUCCUAUUAUAUUAUAUUCAAAGAGUUGUAUCAAUUUGUUUGUAUGCGGCAUGUUUCUAAAGGAGAUUCUCCUCCAAAGAAACCUUCUCAUUAUCACCGACCUGCUAUGCCACCAUGAAUAGCUGGAUAUCUUUAAAACGCAAUGAAAUAAGAUUAUCUCUCGAAUCCUCCACAGGUAGAAACCCAUCAUAACAUAAAGAUUAUUUAGUGAACAAACGGUAAUCAUUUUGGGUGUUUGUCACUUUUCCAUCUUUAGGAAAAAUCAAUUUUUCCGAAAUUUUUCGAGAGAUCACUGGCAUGAAAAAGAAAAAUAAGAAAUCUGAAGUUUUAUGAAGCCCUUUAUUGCAGUAAAAGGGAUGCCAGAAGUACGUCGUGGACGGGAGACAUGAAAAAGGAGGGUCCGGGUGAAAGUGAGGCUUGGUGCCUCUUAUGACAAUAACAACUGAGUUGCAGGUUCUGGCGCUUUUCAUCCUCGCGGUGAGGUAACAGCGUGACGCUCUUUAAUUUUAACUGAAUUCGUCAGCUGACUAUUUUAAAUUUUCAUCAGAAUUUCAAUUAAAUGCUGACCACAAUAUAGCGGUUGCUAUGGCCGAUGGAUAGUGGCUUUCAUUUGAAGGGGCGUAUCGAAUGUAGCAUACCGUCGUACUAAGACGUUGUCAUGGCCAAUGGGCAUCGGCUAAUCAAGCCGUGCUUGUUCCAUACCUGCUUGCUCAACACAUUGAAAUUUAGUUUAACUGGGAGAAGUGCUAGGAAUGUAUUAACUAUUAAGAGAGUUCAGAUUGCAGACACUAUUUGAGAUCCCAAAAUCAAGCAAGGCUGGAUACAUAAAGGGAUGUGAAAUGUAGUCGAAAUGGCAUUUUACACACAAUUAGAUUUGAAGGAGGCAUUUUCAAUAUUUGAUCGAAAUGGAGAUGGCAAGAUCUCACACGAAGAGAUUGGCAACGUUCUCCGGAAGAUGGGAUACACCGUUUCACAGAAAGAGGUGCAAGAAAUGCUCAAGAGUGUAGAUACAGAUGGAAAUGGAUAUCUAGAAUAUCAAGAGUUUAUAGACAUGAUGGUCGGCAAACCAAUUACAGUUGAAAACGAGGACGAAUUGCGUGAGGUUUUCAAAUCACUGGACGUGAAAGGCAAGGGGUACAUUGGGGCAAAAGAGCUGAAAGGAAUGUGGAAGGAGAUUGGGCAAAGAGUAUCGAUGAAAGAGAUUCGAGAAAUGAUUAAGGUUGCUGAUGCAAAUGGCGACGGAAAAGUGAGCUUUGAAGAAUUCAAGAAGAUAUUCGGCAGAGAAGAUAGAGAAGAAAGGAAUUGAAGAGUUUUGAAAAUACAAGUAUCUAGAUGUACAUAGUGUAUAUAAUAUCGAUGACGUAGUUUUAAAUGUUUAAAAGUAUUAUGGCAUCCAAAAUAAAAUGUAUAACUAGUUUUCAGUAUGAAUCUGCAGUUUCAUGUUCAAUCU